UAAAACUUCAAAUCAAUCAAUCAAAUCACAAUCGCAUUCAAAAUCAAUGUGAUUGCGAAUAUUUCGUGUCGAUGGGUCACUGUCUGAUUGGAAAUUAGUAAAAAGUAAUUUACACAUUGGUUUGUUUGAGUUCAGUGCUGUGUUUGAUAACAACAAUUUUCUUUUAAAAAGUUCAUCACCAUGGCUACCAACGGAGUUAAGGGCGAAAUGGUGAGAAGGUUUAGUAAUUCAUUAUGUAUCCAGCCUAGCAGCUGCGGUUCCGCCUGUGCCGUCAAAUGUUGGAAAUGGGACGUCAAUCAGAUCAUCAUGAAUAGGACUUUGAACAACAUGAUGUAUGGCAUCCUUAUCUUGAAUCGCCCAAUCCCACAAAAUCCAGCAUUUAUGAAGCGUCUGUGGAACAAAGCUGCUGUCAGGAUGACUGUAGAUGGCGGCACUAGACAAUGGGACAAAUUCCUGGGUGGCCUGCCAGAUGACUUAAAGAAAAACAUCAAGGACCCAGACCUCAUCUCAGGAGAUUUUGAUUCAAUUACUGAUGAAAUAUUAGAAAAAUACAAAAAUAAAGGUUGUAAGAUUAUCCACACUCCUGACCAAAACUACACGGACUUCACGAAGGCGUUGAUUGAAUUGAACAUACACACCAAGCUGGCUGGUCUGGAGCUGUCUCACGUCAUAGCAGUGGGCCAAACGUCUGGUCGCUUGGACCAAAUCAUAGCCAACAUCCAGACUUUGUAUUUGGUUAAGGAACGGUUCCUCCUGAAUCCAAAAACGAAUGUGUUUCUGAUGUCUGAUGACUCCAUAUCAUGGCUCCUGUACCCUGGAGACCAUGUCAUAUAUGUGCCGGAAGAGACUAGGCAGCAUAAGAGAGCUUGGUGCUCUUUAGUGCCGAUUGGAGAAACCUGCCAGUAUGUUACUUCAACUGGAUUAAAAUGGAACCUCGGUUAG